AUGCUCUGGAACUGGAACGUGAUAGACACUUGUUUCCUUUCCUCUUCAUGGCACGUCACAACCCAGGGCAUGUUCGCUGUCUCGUGCAUCGGAGCAGCUCUCCUAGGCGUAUCACUGGAAUUCCUCCGUCGGGUCAGUAAAGACUAUGAGGAGAGCAUCAUACGCCAGUUCCAACGAUAUGCUGCUGCCCAAAUGGACAGCGAGAUCUCUCCAUUCGUGUGCGGUGCACCUCCCACAUACAUCACUUAUCGAGCGAGCCCACUGCAGCAAAUCAUUCGCGCCGUGCUGCAUCUUGCGCAGUUUGCCGUUGCGUACAUCACCAUGCUUAUUGCGAUGUAUUACAAUGGGUAUAUGAUUAUUUCAAUCUUCCUCGGCGCAUUUCUGGGGAAAUUCCUCUUUGACUGGGGGCAGUAUCGCAUUGUUCUUGGGCAG